ACUAUGAUACCAAAACUAAUUAAUUACGUUUCGUCUGUGAACGUAGUGAAUUUAAAGGAAACAUAUGUUUCAAGGCAAUUUGUUAGAUCUUUUCUUGUCCAUUCAAUAAACUCAAAAUUUUUUCAAGAUGCUCGACCUUUUUACCAUUUUUAGCAAGAGUGGAAUUGUUCUUUGGUGUUUUCAAGGGACAUCACAAAUAUUUACGUCACCUGUAAAUAGUUUGAUACGUUCCGUUAUAUUGCAGGAACGAGGUGGAAAUGAAAGCUUCACUCAUGACAGCCUUACACUUAAGUACAAACUGGACAAUGAAUUUGAGCUUGUCUUUGUGGUAGCCUAUCAGAAAAUCCUACAGUUGUCUUAUAUAGAUAAAUUUCUUGAUGAUGUGCAUUUGGAAUUCAGAGAUAAAUACAGAAAACAGUUAGAAGGCUGUGAUUUUUUCUCCAAUUAUGAUUUUAAUAGGGAGUUUCAAAGGAUUUUGAAAAAAUGUGAAGAAUUUGGUCGUAAACUUGUUGAUCAGCCGAAAAAAAUGAGAACUUUUGAUGAAUCUUUGAAGUCUAAAAAAACAGUUGCUUCAAUGAUAGAGAGUAGAAAAGAUAUAAAACCUAAAGAAGUUAAGAAUUCUGGUGCAAAAAAUGAUGCUAACAAAUUGCCUUUACCAAAUAAAAUUGAGGAGGAGAAUAAAGAAAAUGGUGUUGUAGAUGAGGCUGAAGCAGUUAUGCGUAGGCGUUCAAAAUUGCAACAAAAGCAAGUGAAAGGAAAAAAAGUUGAAGCUAAUGUGACAAAAAGUCCUCUUCCAAAAGACAAAUCUAAAAAGCCUAGAGUGUGGGAUAAUGGUGGAUCUUCUAAAGAAGCAUCUGUUUUGGAUUAUAGUAAUGAAGAUGGUACCAUAACUAAUGGACAUGAACCAUCUGAAGAAGCUUUCUGCGAUAGAAUGGAUGUUGGUAAGUACAGAGGACCAGUGAAGCGAGUUGAAACAUCUGAGAGUGAAUCUGAAUCAGAGGAAGAAGGGGAAGAACCAAAGAAAGGAGCUACUAAAAGUUAUGGAAUGUUCAACAUGUUUAAAGGAUUGGUGGGACAAAAAAAUGUUACUCGAGAAGGCAUGCAACCCAUUUUGGAUAAACUGAAAGAUCACAUGAUAGCUAAAAACGUUGCUGCUGAUAUUGCUGAUAAAUUGUGUGAAUCUGUGGCUACUAAACUUGAGGGAAAAGUUUUGGGAACAUUUACUGGGAUCACUUCAACUGUAAAAUCUACUCUUGUGGAUGCAUUAGUUCAACUACUCUCUCCCAAACGUAGAAUUGAUAUUUUGAGAGAUGUUAUGGAAGCUCAGAAGGCUCAUCGACCCUACAAUAUUGUGUUUUGUGGUGUAAAUGGAGUUGGAAAAUCAACCAACUUAGCUAAGAUAGCAUUUUGGUUGAUUGAAAAUGAUCUACGUGUCCUUAUUGCUGCCUGUGAUACUUUUCGAGCGGGUGCCGUGGAACAGUUGCGCACUCACACUCGCCACCUUAAUGCUCUUCACCCCCCUGAAGCUCACAAUGGUCUGCAGAUGGUGCAGCUCUAUGAAAAAGGAUAUGGAAAAGAUGCAGCUGGAAUUGCUAUGGAAGCCAUAAAUUUUGCUCGAGAUUUGAAAAUCGAUGUUGUUCUCAUUGAUACUGCUGGCAGAAUGCAAGAUAAUGAGCCUUUAAUGAGGGCAUUAGCCAAGUUGAUCAAAGUAAAUUCUCCUGAUCUGGUUGCAUUUGUGGGUGAAGCUCUAGUGGGAAAUGAAGCUGUCGAUCAGCUGGUGAAAUUCAACAGGGCCCUUGCUGAUCAUUCUAGCCGUGACAAUCCUCAACUUAUCGAUGGCAUUGUACUCACUAAGUUUGACACCAUUGAUGAUAAGGUGGGAGCUGCUAUAUCAAUGACCUACAUUACUGGUCAGCCCAUUAUAUUUGUUGGAACUGGACAGACUUAUACAGACCUCAAAAGCCUUAAUCCUAAAGCUGUUGUUCACGCCCUCAUGAAAUAAAUACUUUUUAUUAGGA